ACAAAUCGUGCCAUUGAUCGUACAGACAAAUGUGUUCAUCAUUGUGGUAAAGCUUUCAAAUGUACCAAUUUUCUUCUCAGGCAUAAAAGAAGUCAGAGUGCAGAGGAACCCUCUGAAUAUACACAAUGUGGUAAAGCCGUUGCUUUACAUGGUCACAGUCCUGCUCAAAGGCAUGAAAGUUUUCAUACAGAAGAGACACCUCAUGAAGUUAUUCAGUGUGUAGAAGCCUUUGGACCUUACGUAAGUCUCCAAAUAAGUAAAAGCACAGAAAUUGGACAAAAACCCUAUGAAGGUAAUCAGUGUGGUAAAGCUUUUGCAGAAGACAGUCAUCUUAAAAGUCAUGAAAGAAUUCGUACUGGAGGGAAAACCUACAAAUUUAAUCAAUGUGAGAAAGCCUUUUGCCAACAUCUUAGUCUCCAAAGGCAUAAAAGAAUUCAUACUGGAGAGAAACCUUACAAAUGUGAUGAAUGUUAUAAAUCCUUUUCACGACAAGAUAGUCUCAAGAAACAUAAAAAAACUCAUACUGGAGAGAAGGCCUACAAAUGUAAUCACUGUGAUAAAGCCUUCUUACAUCGCUUGGGUCCUCACAUCCAUGAAAGGAUUGAUAUUAGAGAGAAACCCUACAAAUAUAAUCAAUGUGAUAAAGCCUUUUCCCAAAAAAAUAGUCUUCAUAAAAGAAUUCAUGCUGGAGAGAGACCAUACAAAUGUGAUCAAUGUGAUAAAGCCCUUUCUCAAAAUAGUAAUCUUAAAAUGCAUAAAAAAAUACAUACUGGAGAGAAACCUUACAAAUGUAAUCAAUGUGAUAAAGCCUUUUCCCAACACCGUUAUCUCCAGAAGCAUAAAAGAACACAUACAGGAGAGAAACCCUACAAAUGUAAUGAAUGUGAUAAAGCCUUUUCCCAACACUGUCAUCUCCAGAAGCAUAAAAGAACACAUACAGGAGAGAAACCCUACAAAUGUAAUCAAUGUGAUAAAGCCUUUUCCCAACACUGGUGUCUCCAGAUGCAUAAAAGAACACAUACAGGAGAGAAACCCUACAAAUGUAAUGAAUGUGAUAAAGCCUUUUCCCAAAAGGGUAGUCUUCGAAUACAUAAAAGAAUUCAUACAGGAGAGAAACCCUACAAAUGUAAUGAAUGUGAUAAAGCCUUUUCCCAAAAGUAUAGUCUUCAAAUACAUAAAAGAAUUCAUACAGGAGAGAAACCCUACAAAUGUAAUGAAUGUGAUAAAGCCUUUUCCCAAAAGUGUAGUCUUCGAAUACAUAAAAGAAUUCAUACAGGAGAGAGACCCUACAAAUGUAAUGAAUGUGAUAAAGCCUUUUCUCAACACCGUUAUCUCCAGAAGCAUAAAAGAACACAUACAAGAGAGAAAUUGUACAAAUGUAAUGAAUGUGAUAAAGCCUUUUCCAAAAAAAGUAGUCUUCGAAUACAUAAAAGAAUUCAUUCAGGAGAGAGACCCUACAAAUGUAAUGAAUGUGAUAAAGCAUUUUCAUGACAUAUUAGACUCCAGAUGCAUAAAAGAAUUCAUACUGGAGAAGAACUCUAG